AGCAAACACACCAAUAUCAACCUUGAUUUAUUUCUGGAGAUCGUCGAGUUCUGUAUCAACAGCAGUUACUUCCGUUUUCGCGAUAAAUACUAUCAACAGACCUUCGGCACAGCAAUGGGCAGCCCUUUAUCACCCAUUCUAGCUGAGUUGGUUAUAGAAAAUUUGAUAAACACAGUUAAAAAGGAUCUAACGUUCAACACACCUAUACUUAAAAAGUAUGUGGAUGAUUUCAUACUCGCAUUACCAAAAUCAGAAGUACAAAAUACACUACAAAAGUUCAACAGCUAUAAUCCCCACAUACAGUUCACAUUAGAGGAGGAAAGUGAUAACAAACUACCGUUCUUAGACACCUUGGUAAUCCGUCAAAACAACCAAACCAUAUCAACAAAAUGGUAUUCAAAGCCGAUAUCAUCCGGACGACUACUAAACUACCAUUCGUUCCACCCGAUGCUGAUGAAAAUGAACGUAGCAACAAAUUUUAUUGAACGAGUUACCAAACUUGAUACAACUCAGACAAUGGACCAACAAAAGCACACCAUUUUUCAAUAUCUCCGUCAAAACAACUAUCCCGCAUCACUCAUAAACCGUUUGAUAAAUAAAAUUCGCAAAAAAUCAUCAUCAACCACUACACCAAAAACCAAUAGUCAAAUCAUCAGCUCAUUAAAUGAAAACCUUCCUGCUAACCCCGAUAUACCCACACAACCAACAAUAGCCAGCUGUUCCAGCACUGAUCAACGAAAUACCAUAUAUAGAUCCAUACCACAUAUCAAUCAACUCACAACAGCAAUAUCAACAUAUUUGAAAAAAGACUAUCCGUUCAUCAAACUCGCACCGAAAACCAUCCAUACAACAAAUAAAUAUUUACCACCGAUCAAAGAUCCAGUUCCUACACUCCAACAGGCACGUGUCAUCUACAGCAUUCCGUGCAACACAUGCGACAAAUGUUACAUAGGAAUGACUUCAAAUCAACUAAAAGUGCGGCUCAGUGGACAUAAAUCAAAUAUAACUAAAUACUUAAAACUAAUGUCAGACAGACCUGGAGACAUAGAUAGCGAAAUAGCAAAAUUAAAGGAAAAAACCGCACUGGUAGAUCAUGUCAUACGGUACCAACAUAAUUUUGAUUUAAGUCAGACUAAAAUCAUAGAUCGUAGUUUCAAAUCCACCUCCUUACCCAUAUUAGAAAUGUGUCAUAUUGUAAACACUCCUAACACUAUCAAUCACCGCACAGAUAUAGACGGUUUAAGUACUACAUACGCAGGCGUACUCCACACAGUUAAAACUACCCACUCUAAGAUCUCUAGAUCAAAAGCACAACAGAAUGAUAAAUUACCAUCUCACCAUUCUCACUCAAGCUCAGUCACACAAAUAAGUUCACUGAAUUCAGCACCAUCUAAUCAUUUACCCACCAUCUUUGAAAGUGACGUUAGGUAGUGCAUAGUGGUAAAACAGGCUAAUGUUCAAAACAAACGUUAUUAGUGCAACAAAAGUGACGAAAGAAGCUUUGAUAUUAUGUAAACAACCGUUCGUGGGCAUACGAUUUUUAGACGAGG